UGGAUGAGAAAGAGGCGAAGGUUAACCAACUGACUGAAGAGCUGAAAAGAGUGAGACAAAAGAUGAAAGAGAGAGAGGACCAUGUGAGGCACCUGGAUCAGGAUGUGGUUGGUUUGCGAGCCACACAGGACUCUCUGAAGGGAACCUUGGCUAUGAAGGAGAAACUUACACAACAGCUGGUCCAAGACAACGCACAGCUCAAAGAAAGCCAGGCAUCACUGCAGAGCAAAUUACAAACAAAUGAACUCAUGCUGUGUGACAUCAGUGAAACCCUGGAUAAGACCAAAACCAGCCUGGACACGGAAAGACAUCAGAGGCAGCAGAUCCAGGACCAGUUGCGCCAUGCCAAUAAAGAGAUGGAGCAUCUGCAGCAGGAGCUAGCACAUGUGCGUCACACCACUGAAAAGAAGAUUCAGAAGAGGGAGAUUAAGAUGUGCGUGCUGGUAAAAGAGCUCACAGAGAGUAAGAAGCAGCACUCUGAAUGCCAGAAAGAGUUGCUCGAAAGAGAGAAGGCUUUGGAGCAACUGAGCGAGAAAAGGGAUGAGCUGAGAGCCAAGAUGGAAGACCGGAGCAGAGAGUCUGUUCACCUCAACCAGACCAAAGAGAGACUGGAGGCUGACUUGGCUCUGAGCCAUGAGAAACUCCACACCUCGCACCUGGAGAUUCGAAGCAGAGAUGAGUUGAUUCUGCAGUUAAGAGCUGAAAUGAAGACAGCUGAACAAAAGCACCAAAGGAAACGGGAACAGGUGGCAGCACUGGAGGGUGAGGUUAGACACUUAAAACACAAGGUCAGAGGACACCAGGAAGAGACGUGUCAGUUAACUGAAAAGGUCAGAGAUAUCGAGCGCCUCAUAGAGCAGAGAGAGAAAGAACAGCAGCAGCAACAUGAUCAGCUUUGUAUCGGUCAGCAACAGGUCGAGACAUAUGAAGGAAAGGUAAAGAAGCAGGAGGUUGAGAUGGAACUUCUUCAUCAACAGCUGAAAAGAGCCAAGGAGGAGCUGAAAGAUGCCAGUUUAAAAGCCCAGGAGCAGAAAGAAACACUAGCCAUUUUUAGACAAAAGUACACUGCAGCAAUAGAGAAGGUGCAUAAAGUGCAAGGGCAGGUGGAGCUUUUGGAAGAGGAACUACAGUAUUCACAGCAACAGCUCGGAGAGUCCAAACUGGCCACUCAUUCGGUGAAGGAAGAGCUAGCAGAGAUGGAGCGGCGGUACCAGGAAAAGGCUGGUCAGUGGGAGAACUCACAGGAGGCUCUUGACCAGUUGACAGAUGAGCUCCAGGCCAAUCAGAAUUUACUGAGAGAGAGUAAACAAAAAGUGGACCACCUGAAAAGCCUGAUAGGAUGCCUGCAGGAGCAGGCAGACACACUCCAACAGCAGAAACUGACAUUGGAGUGUGACCUACAGCUUUAUCAACAGAGUCAUUCUCAUUCUGAUGAGGACUACCUCAGCCUACUAAGACACAGACAGCAGCUACAGAAGCGCUGCACUGAGCAGGUUGAGCGCCUUGCGGAGUGUGAAAAGGCUAUUCUUCAGAUGAAGUCAGAGCUGGAGAGACAGGCCAAGGAAAAAGCAGGUCUGAAGCAAAGUCUUGUUGCGUCCCACCAUACACACAUUAGCAAUCGCAGCCAGCUGGAACAGGAAGUGAUGUGUCUGAAAAAGGAAGUAACACGCUUAGAGCUCGAGCUGGCUGACACCCAAAAGGUACAUGUGGCACUUCUCAGACAGUCAGAGGAGGAGCUGAAGGAGGCCCGACGAGAGGCAGCGAGAAGGUGCGGUGAGGCGGAUGCACAGAGAGGAGAGGUGCACAGACUUCAGGAAGAGUUACUAAAGGAGGAUGAGAUGAAGAGGAGUGCCAUCAGAGAGAAACAGAGUCUGAGCAGUCACGUCAGGCAGCUGAGCCAAGAGCUGGAGGAGCAACGCUGCAAGCUGCAAGUGACAGUGGAGGAGUUGGCAGCCCGUGCAGAGGAGGCGAGGCGGAUGGAGGGGUGCCUGAAUGAGGGAAAGCUAGCAGAGGGGAAAAUAAGGUCAAUGGCUAUGAAGCUGGAGACGGAGGUGGCAGAGCUCAGGAGGAAUCUUCAGCAGGCUGUCGAUCACAAACUCAAGGCAGAGCGAGAGACGCAGGAUGCCCAGGACCAGGUGGAUACGCUCCGGUCAGAGCUAGAGGGGAUGCGGUCUGACAAUGCAAACCUUCGCCAUGAGAGCCAGCUGGUCAUGACUAAUGUGAACCGUUGGAUUAUCGAACAAAAGACUUCUAACGAGAGUCUCACAGCCCAGAUGAAGGCCCAAAACAAGGUGCUGCUCAUCGUCACUGAAGAAAAAGAACAUCUUCAGGACACUAAUGACACAUUGAAGGCGGAGGUAAAGAGACUGAAAGAAGUGGCGGAUGAGAAGGAGAGAGACAUGGAGCACUUUAAGGCCCGGAUCCGAGACCAGGGCAUCCGGCAAGAUGAGAGAACGUGAGUCCUCUAUGUGUGUGCGUGAGCGUAUAUAUAAGUGCAUACAUUUGUGUGCAUCCACUAGCUGAUCAGAGUUUAGCAUUUACAUCCAACAAAAGCGUUGCCCACCAUGUUUCGCUCUUUCACACUCAAUCGAGCCCGAACAAAGCUGAUGAUGAUAAUAACAGCAGGAGUGCCAAGUUGUGAAUGAAACACCCUGUGGGCCUAGCCACCUGUGUUUCCUCAUGUGUG